AUGACACGACGCGAGACUUUGAUCGCGCGCUCAAUAGUAUAUGCUAUUCUAAACACCAAAGACAACGGAAAACCCGCCAAGAAGCCAUCACUUGUUACACGAAUCUUACGCCUCUUUUACACGUAUUGGUUGACCUUUCGGCUGGUACGAUAUGAUCUAUUCAAGGCUCUUCAUGGGGUAUGGGGGAUCAAAGAGGAUGACUACAGAGCUAGCUUCGAUAUCAAGAAGCUAAACCACCAGAAGAAGCGUAGAAAGGCCCUGUUACCUAUGGGAGAUAUGGGUUACAGUGGCUCUACCUUCUUUCGCACCAACGAUGGUGCCUAUCUCGUCAAAUCCAUCCCUAGGCAUUUCGAACACGACUUCUUCAAGAGCGAACUACUUCUAUCCUACGCCGAUCACAUGCGUGCCAACCGUUCUAGCUUACUCGUACGCAUCACAAGCUUUCUCGAAAGUACACAUAAGAGCAUCGGUGUAUUACUAGGUCUGGCGCCUAGCCACCACAUAAUCAUGGAGAAUAUCAUGUACGGUCAGGAUCAGGAUGCUCAAAAAACCUUGAAACCAAAGUGGGAGUCAUGGGAUCUUAAGCCCACCUCUUACUUCUUCCCGGAGAGGGAUAUCGCCGGUGGUUUAUUAGCUUCUCAGGCCACCAAAUCAAAGCUUGCCGAUGAAUUCAACGACAAAAUCUGGCUUCCAGAGGCCCAGGCCACCCAAUUCAUGCGCCAAGUAGAGAAUGAUACUAUGCUACUUGCGAAAUGCAAUGCCGUCGAUUACUCACUCUUCCUUGUUCGGAUCUCCGCUGCAGACGCCGAGUCCCAACCAUCACUUCAGCCAGAACAGACUAGCGCUGAACCCAUCCCACCAGUUCAACCACCCUUCACGCCCCCACAUCCGCCGAGUUGGCGAACCGGAGUCACAUCAAGCAACGGCAAAGAAAUUUAUAGGGCAGCCAUCUUAGACUUCUUCUGGUCCAAGCAUACAGUAUACGCCCAGGCAAUGACGGGUUUGGUCAGAGGAUAUAAUCUCAUUGACGAACAAGGGCCGAUGAGUAUUACCACCGAUAGUAACGAAUACCGCGAGCGAUUUUUGAAGAUGUGCUCGGAGUAUAUCGAGGUUCAGGAAUAG